GUCUUUUUUGGUGUGCUGUCCGUGAUGGCUGUCCGUUUGUCUCUGAUUUGGCCAAUUUGGCUGAUUUGGCUGCUUCUUUUGGGCACUUCCAUUGACGUCACGCGCGGCAAGCGUUUGGAUCGUAAACUGCUGGACAAUCGAAUUGUGGGUGGGCAGGAGGCGGAGGAUGGGGUGGCUCCUUAUCAGGUAUCCAUUCAGACCACCUGGAGAACCCACAUCUGCAGCGGCGUCAUCCUCGACGAACAAUGGAUUUUAACCGCCGGUCAUUGUGCGCUGGACUUUAGCCUCGAGGAUUUGAGGAUUAUCGUAGGCACAAACGAUCGCCUUGAACCGGGACAAACUCUAUUUCCGGAUGAGGCCCUGGUCCACUGUCUCUACGAUGUUCCCUAUGUCUAUAACAAUGACAUAGCGUUGAUCCAUGUCAACGAAUCGAUUGUAUUUAAUGAUCGCACCCAGAUCGUUGAGCUGAGCCGAGAGCAACCGCCAGAGGGCGCUGUUGUAACUCUGACGGGUUGGGGUGCUCCGGAAAGUAGUUUUCCCACGAUGCAGCAACUGCAGACCAUCAACCUAACUAUCAUAUCGCACGAGGAGUGCCGGGAGAGGUGGGACUACCACGAUGGCAUCGACAUCGGUCACAUCUGCACCUUUACGCGGGAGGGGGAGGGAGCCUGCUCCGGGGACUCUGGAGGUCCGCUGAUGUGGGAGGGCACACUGGUGGGUCUGGUCAACUGGGGAAGAGCCUGCGGCGUGGGCAUGCCAGAUAUGUAUGCCAGCACUACUUACUACCAGGAAUGGAUCCGAAGAACUCCCAAGGGAUGCAAAAAUCGAGUUACCUAAAAGAGAUCAAAGAAGAUGUAAUUUCCAUCAAACUGUAUUUCUGUAGUGUGAAUUGGCAUGUGAAAUAUAUAUAUUUAUUGAUGAAAACAA